AUGUACUUUUAUGAUCACAAAAAACUACAUCUUUGCAAAUGUACUAAGAAAUUUUGAAUUUAUCGUGAAUAUCACAAUCGAUAAACGCAGGAAAUUUAAAAAUGAGUUUCCGCCCUAGUUGUCUUGAAAUGUCCCGUUCAUUUCCGUUAUUAGCAGCAAGUGGCAAAAGUGCGUAGUUAAAGCUAUAAAUUUAAAUAAAUCCGAAAAGUUAAAAAAGUGAAAAUAUAAGUAAGAAUUGAAAUAUGAAUUCGCAACGAAGUACUGGAAUGGGCCGCGGAAUGGGCCGUGGGAAAAAGCCCAAUCAAGAUGAAAACCGCAGCUUAGCUACGCAAUUGCACCCUUCUUCUCAACCUGGGAGAGAUGAAGCUUAUAGAGGUCAAGGAUCAUCUAGUAAUGUUCCCGAUAGCUACGUGCAGAAGUCCGAACCUAGAUUGGAAACCAAGUCAAGCGAGGUGGAAGCUCAGAGCUCUGAAGCAAAUAAACAAGGGGACCCUCGUGGCCCCGUGAGCGGUCGUCGUUUGAUUGCAGAUGUGGUUAAAUCCCGUCCUCCGGGUCUGACAACCAAGCAUGGAGUGUCUGGAGACAAAAUUACUGUCCAGACCAACUACUUUAAGCUUUUGAAGCGUCCAAACUGGACUAUCUAUCAGUAUCGCGUUGAUUUUGUUCCUGAUAUUGACAAUACGCGUUUACGUAGGGGUUUACUUAAUGAGCAUCGAAGCCUUUUGGGGGGCAACAUUUUUGACGGUACCGUUUUAUUUUGCACCACUCAAUUCAAGCCUGUACAAAAUAGCCCCUACGUUCUGGAGCUCGUGGCAAAGAAUCGAGCUGGGGAAAAUAUUGAGAUUAAAAUCAAGGCCGUUGGCUCCGUUGAGGCAGGUGAUAACCAGCAGUUUCAGGUACUCAACCUUAUCCUGCGCAGGGCUAUGGAGGGCUUAGAGCUGCAGUUGGUUCACCGCAAUUUGUUCGAUCCCAAAGCAAAGAUUAAUUUGGAGAACUACCGCAUGGAACUCUGGCCUGGAUAUCAGACUUCGAUUCGUCAACACGAAAGAGAUAUAUUACUUUGUGCUGAAUUAGCACACAAGGUGAUGAGAACUGACACCUUGUAUAAUCUGUUAUCUGAAGCAACUCGUGACAGUGAAGAUUAUCAAACCGCGUUUAAGCGUGAAGUAAUUGGUAUGAUGGUUUUAACGGAUUACAACAACAAAACCUAUCGAGUUGAUGAUGUCGACUUUAAUUCAACGCCAUUGUCAACAUUUAAAACCAAAGAUGGCGAAAUGUCGUUCGUAGAUUAUUAUAAAAAGCGUUACAACAUCAUUAUCCGAGACUUAAAGCAACCAUUGGUCGUGUCUUGUCCCACCGAAAAAAAUAUUCGUGGAGGUACUGAUAAACUUAUUCUACUUAUCCCUGAGUUGGCUCGGGCAACAGGGAUGACAAACGCAAUGCGCAGCGAUUUUCGUUUGAUGAAGGCCAUGGGCGAGCAUACCAGACUAACUCCGGAUCGUCGCAUUGAGCGGCUACGCACGUUCAACCAACGUUUGAAGUUUUCCAAGGCGAGCACCGAGACCCUAAAGUCCUGGAACAUUGAACUAGACUCUGCCUUGGUGGAGAUACCUGCUCGCGUUCUGUCACCGGAGAAAAUCGUGUUCGGUAACGGUAAAAGGUUCCAGUGCGACGCUCGCGCCGACUGGUCACAAGAGUUUCACAAAUCUUCAAUGUUCAGCCACGUAGACAUCAAGAGGUGGUAUGUGAUUACUCCGGGUCGAAACUUGCGCGAGACCCAAAAGUUUGUGGAGUUGUGUAUCCGUGCAGCCAAAGAAAUGAAGAUGAACAUCUCUAACCCUCGCUAUGAUGAAAUCAAUGAUGACCGUAAUGGGACUUACUCUAAUGCGAUCGAUAAUGCCGUAGCUAAGGACCCACAAAUUGUGAUGAUUGUAAUGAAGUCCCAGAAUGAAGAGAAGUACAGCUGUAUUAAGAAACGCACCUGCGUGGAUAGACCGGUGCCUUCGCAGGUGGUGACAUUGAGAGUUAUUGCUCCUCGUCAGGAAAAAUCAGCUGCCCUUUUGACGAUUGCCACCAAGGUGGUUAUCCAAAUGAAUGCUAAAUUGAUGGGAGCUCCCUGGAUGAUUGAGCUUCCAGUACGUGGAUUGAUGACUGUCGGAUUUGAUGUCUGUCACUCGUCCAAGAACAGAAACAAGUCAUAUGGAGCGCUGGUAGCUACUAUGGACCAAAAGACUUCAAACCGCUAUUACUCCGCGGUAAACGAGCACAUGAAGGGCCAGGAGUUGUCCGACCAAAUGGCGUUCAAUAUGAUAUGUGCUCUAAAGUCCUACAGAGAACAUCACGGCACCUUGCCAGAGCGCAUUCUUUUCUUCCGCGACGGCGUCGGUGAUGGUCAACUCUACCACGUUGUGAAUACCGAGGUGAAGUUUUUGAAGGCCAAGCUGGAUGAAAUUUACAAAUCUGCGGGCAAAGCGGAGGGCUGCCGCAUGGCUUUUAUUAUCGUCUCUAAGCGCAUUAACUCGCGCUACUUUGUGAAUAAAAGCAACCCAAGGCCGGGCACCGUGGUUGAUGAUGUUAUUACCUUACCGGAGCGUUAUGACUUUUUCGUGGUAUCGCAGUCAGUUCGCCAAGGAACUGUGUCGCCCACUAGCUACAAUGUAGUAUCCGACAACAUGGGACUGAGCGCCGAUAGACUGCAGGUUCUCACCUACAAGAUGACCCAUAUGUACUAUAAUUACUCCGGAACUGUAAGGGUUCCCGCCGUUUGCCAGUACGCCCACAAAUUGGCGUUCCUUGUGGCUGAAAGCAUUAAUCGGGCACCUUCAGCUGGCUUGGAGAACAACUUAUACUUUUUGUAAAAAUAUGACUUGAAUCAACUUCACUACAAACAUUUUAUGACAUGAUAUUUGUAUCGAAUAUAAUCAAUACACGUUAAUAAAGGAAUAUACAUUUCA